GGACGUUGCAGAGCCUUUGUCGUUGACCGAUGUGGAUUGCGUAGCGUCCUCCUUUUGGACCCGCUUCCAGCAACAGGCAGUGGAGGCAGUACAAGCAUACUACAGUAGCGAGGGCGCAGGACACUUUUUUACGACGGCUGAAGUUGUUUUGUGUCAACUGUUGUUGGUUGUCGCGUCGUGCAACGAACAGUGUGCUUUGGGAUUACAUUAGAAAUAUUCGUUUUCUUCACGCGUUUUUUACGCUUUGAAGAAAGGGCUUCUCCUCUGGAAUUUAUUGAAAUCUACCAAAAAUUCACCGUUUCUAACUCUUUCACUCCGGAGACGGCUGGUCAUGACCUCAGAAACAGUCCUGCAACGCGAAUCCUUGAUGCCGGGGCAUCGCGACUAGCACUGGCGCAACCAGGAUGCCCCAUUGGAAAACUCACAGCCUGUCUGGGUGCGCAACAGCUUCCUGCCACAGAUUGCCUACAACUUGUCUCGGGCAUCGAGUACCUCCAAAUCAUGGCGUCGCGCUGGCCCGUCUUUGCUCUCCUCGAUCGAGAACAGGCUUACGGAUAACGCCAACCCAUGCCCAAGAGCAUCUUUUGGCAGAUUCCUCCUUGGAAUAAGCUAAAAUAAAAAGAUUAAGAUGUUCUCAACUGUGGGCUGGUGGUACCUCUAACAAGCACUGUCUCUUAACAAAGAACGCCUACACGAAAAGCCCCAACAGCAUCAAUCUGAAUCUUCGGAGCUAGCAGCCUCCAGUACAAGUGGCGUUAUCAACAUCCCAGAAGACUGUGAGGAAAUAGCACAUCCGAGUUUGGUCUGGCAUCCUUUUCGACGACACACCUAUCGUGCGGUAUCCGAAGCGAUAUUACAGCUCUCACUAUGAACUUGUUUUGACUUUCUGCGCAUUCAUUCUCUGGCAAAUCUGUUUUCCACUCGACCUUCGUAUUCAGGUUUGAUGGUUCAUGGUUUUAGCCCGGUCAGGCGUAGGCAGCGUAAUUUGAUAUUAGGCGUAGACCCACAAUCAGUCUAGCUUUCUGGUAUGACUAUCAAGCAGAUGUCGUUGUAAUUGAAACCGCUUUAUUCUUACAUACAUGGCUCUCACUUUCAUGUUUUCGCACAUGGCUCUAUAUUCAUGUUUUGCGAAUUUAUCUAGUUCUAGGUCUUUCAUGUUUUGUUGACGCUUCAUGAGAUGGCGAGCCGAUUUUACCCGAGUACAACCCAGACGGCACGCCUAAGCCUGUGGUGCGCUCUCUCGAUGAAGCUAUGGAUUUUGGGAGCGGUAUAGUGUGGAAAAGCGCUUCAAAUACGAUGUUGGAUGGAGCACCAGUGAGCUAUUGGACUUACGGCAAGAGGAAGAGAGGUGGACUUCUAAUCUUAUAUAGUAUCCAUAAUUGCUUACUCAAUUAUGAAAUAUUUUUGCGUCUAUCAUGUGUUAAUGCAUCUUCGUGAUUCGACUUUUCAAUUUGUAUAACUUACAAGAUCUGUCGUGGCUCGAGGAGGAAGUCAUUUUUCGAAGUGCUUGCUUCUAGAUCGAUGCACGAGCUCGCUCUUCUAAUGCCUGAACUUGUGUUGGUUCGGAGUGGCGGCUGCUAGUGCGUUACGGGCUUUUGGCAUGCUGUUGAAUGAAAACGACGUUUUCCGCGGUGUGGAGCGGAUUUUUCAGACGCAAGCGCGGUUGCUUGCGCCUGACAUGGUCUUUUUAGUCUUGCACUCCCGGUGGCGGCUUUUUGGCCUGCAGCAUGCGCUUUCGCUGCUGAAGCGCGCACGCUUGGAUU